ACAAAUAUCCCGGAUUCAAACACACAAAAAUAGAGAGAACCAAUAGCCGAUUCCUAUAUUAUAAAUAGCCGAACUCCCUUAUAUAUGUUGGUUAAGUAGAGGCAUUAUACACAUAGUCGAGAAAGGUAGAGAAUAAAAUAAUUGCAAACAAAGAUGAAACGAAAGAGAUGUGAAAUGGAAGAGACAACCAAGAAGAAGAAGAUGACAGAGAUUGGAUCUGCCAUUGAAGAACUCUCUGUUCUCUCCAUAGCCAAGACCACAAUAGUUACCACCGAAACCGAAGCCACUACAAACAUCAUCAAUUUACCUUUAAAGCCUCUCCUAUCUUUCUGCAAAUUAAUCGUCCAAGUUCUUGAUAAGAUUGGCCCGACAAUGGCUGUUCUCCGACAAGACAUUGAUCAAAAUAUUCAAAGGCUAGAGAAGAUGUGGGAAUCUGAUCCUCUUUUGUACUCAAAUUUGGCUGAGAUACUAAGACAAGAAGCGAAGGAGGGAUCCUCUAGGAAACCUAAAAGCUGUAGCAGAGCUGCUCUUUGGCUAACGAGAGCGAUGGAUUUUACGUUAGCGCUAUUGCAACGGUUGGUGAAGGACAUGUCACAAAACAUGGAACAAGCCAUAGAAGAGUCUUAUAAUUUGACUAUAAAACCAUGGCAUGGAUGGAUCUCUUCUGCCGCUUUUAAGGUGGCUCUUAAACUGGUUCCAAACAACAGCACAUUCAUCGAUGUGCUUGCGGGAAAAGACGAGACUCACCAAAUGGUCCAAGAUGAUAUAACAAGUCUAAUUUCAUUGCUCCUUCCACUUCUAAACCAACUUCAUUCUAUUUUGGAAUUAUACGAAGUGAGCAAACUAAAGUCGCCGUGAGAAAGAGAACUGAAGAGAAAGGACUGAAGGGUAUAGUUUUGGUUGUAACAAAGUCUAACGUGUAGCAUCAUCACUUCUUCGAUGAGUUUCAUAAAUUUCUCUUUUUAAUGAGUUAUUUAUCUAACAGUUUUUAUCACGCAUACAAUGAUGGUACAUGAGUUUGUAUGGACCAUAUAUACAUAUAAUAGCUGUGUAUAUAAAGCCCAGACAUUCCCAUAAUCAAUUUCUUGUUACAAUU